CUGGAGCUCACGAGCUCCGAACUGGGGGUUCUCAGAGGCCCAUUUCUCCUGCGUAUACUCCAUAUCGGCCCACCCCAGGCAUCGUCGGGGAGGUAUGUAUGCGCAUUGACAAAGAGAAAAGAAACGAGGUUUAAGGAGUUACCCUAACCCUUAGCGUGCCAGUUCAAGCAAAUGUGGAUGUGGACACAUAUCGAGUCCUGACGGCCCCGAUUCAAAAUUGGGGUUGGUUUUGGCCUGUGACGCAUCGCAUCUCUGGGUCAGCGCAAAUCAAAGGACAGCAAACGCAUCCCCCUCCAAGCGGCCGGCCAGUCGGGUUGCCUCAGCGUUGCCAGCCGCAGCAGCAUUUCAACAAUGGCUAACGACCACAUCCUGACGCUGUCGUGCCCGGACAAGCCGGGCAUCGUACACGCCGUGACGGGCAUCUUCGCCCGCGAGGGGCACAACAUCCUGGACCUGCAGCAGUUCUCGGACCCGACGAGCGAAAAGUUCUUCAUGAGGGUGCACUUCGGCCCGACGCCGACCGAGUCGACCGAGCAUCUGCGCGCGCCCUUCGACGCGCUGGCGGCCGAGUACGCCAUGGCCUACGACAUCCGUCCCGUCACCCAGAAGCCGCGGGUGCUCAUCAUGGUGUCCAAGAUCGGCCACUGCCUGAACGACCUGCUGUUCCGCGCCAAGACGGGCCAGCUGCCCAUCGACAUCCCCCUGAUCGUGUCCAACCACCCGGACUUCGCCCCGCUGGCCGCCAGCUACGGCAUCGAGUUCCACCACCUGCCCGUCUCGCGCGAGACCAAGGCCGCCCAGGAGGCCCGCGUGCUCGACCUGGUCAGGCAGCACGAGAUCGAGCUGGUCGUGCUGGCCCGCUACAUGCAGGUGCUCAGCCCGACCUUCUGCGAGGCCAUGUCCGGCCGCAUCAUCAACAUCCACCACAGCUUCCUGCCGUCCUUCAAGGGCGCCAAGCCCUACCACCAGGCCUACGAGCGCGGCGUCAAGAUCAUCGGCGCCACCGCCCACUUCGUCACGGCCGACCUGGACGAGGGCCCCAUCAUCGAGCAGCGCGUCGCCCGCGUCAACCACAGCAUGAGCCCCAAGGAGCUGGUCGACGAGGGGUCCAACAUCGAGAGCCAGGUGCUCGCGGCGGCUGUCAAGUGGUAUGCGGAGCGCCGCGUUUUUCUGAAUGGGUCUAAGACUGUCGUCUUUUGAAGAUGUCAGGGGGGAAAUGGGGAGCAUGAUGUAGGUAGGCAGGUACCUAGGUAGGUAUGGUAUGGCAUGUACAUAUCCACAUGGGCCACGUCCCAAGAAGUUAAGCCAUUGAGGAGACAUUCGACAUUAGGGCUGGAUAAGGUAGUCUCCAAGGAAUGGCACUCGGUCCUCCGAUGGGCGUACGCAGCCCGUGAUAAAUCGCAGAACCGUGUUUUGAUUGCCGACCCUUGACCCGCCACGCUAGUUGCGUGCGGACCGCAGUAG